GUUCUUUCUGUCUGUUUUUAUCAUACUCUGUACUCUUUCUGCUUCUACUCUUUCUACUCUUUCUACUCUUUCUAGUUCUACUCUUUCUACUUCUACUCCUUCUACCACCACUCCUUCUACUUCUACUCCUUCUACUUCUACUUCUACUCUUUCUACUCUUUCUACUCUCGGCAUGAGCGAAGUAGCAGACGGGGCCAAAGGCUCCCGUAAGAAGUUCCGGCCCACCUAUUCAUGCCUCAACUGCCACAAGCGCAAAGUCAAGUGCGACCGGGUCAAGCCAUGUAGUGCCUGCUGUCUACGCGGGACCCCCUCUGAAUGCGAAUAUGGCACCAGCAAACAAGACCGCCAUUACAUCCAUCAAUCCGCCCUGAUCGAGUCGCUCAUGCAGUCCUGCCAGGAGCUCAAAGUCCAGCUCGCCGAGGCCCGCCGCGCUGCCAACCUGCCUCUUGAUGAUGACCCCAGCAACCCUAACCCUAACCCUAAUCCCCAGCCCAAAUCGCCGCAGUCGGACUCUGAAAAGGCCCUGACACGCCGGGACAGCAUCAUCACUUCCUCCACUUCCUCCUCUUCUUCUUCUUCUUCCUCCACCAACUCCUUCCAGAUCCAACUGCGCUCCCCCCUGGCCGCCAAGCAGAUCCUCGAGGUCCUCGUCGGCCGUCUUAUCAAUGCCUUCAGUCCCAUCGAGGCCGUCAACUGCGGCAGUCUCGUCGGCCUACGCGAUGCCGCCCAGAUGCGUGUCUUCUCGCCGCUGCUGUCCCACGCCUUCGAGGCCGCCUCCUUGACCUUUGUCGGCCGUCAGGAGCGCCAUCUCAGCAUGGAGAAGGUCGGCCAUGUCCGCUAUACUCGCGUCCUGCGCCAGCUGCAGCAGGCGCUCAACCACCCCGAGCAGAGCAAGUCGACAGAAGUGCUGGUGGUCGUUUUGCUCUUCAUCAUUAUCGAGGCCUUCAAGCAGAGCUCCAAAGAUGCCAUCCUGCGCCAUCAAUUAGGCGGCCUGGGCCUGCUCCGUUCGCGCACUCCCUUUCGCCAUCGCACCGGCAUUGAACGGUCCAUGUUUGUCGACCUGCGUCUAUACUGGGUAACAGCAGCUCUGAUCCAUCGCCGCCCCUCGUUCAUGGCGACACCCGAAUGGUUAAGCGUCCCCUGGCCGGCCGAUGGCCCUCCCAAAGACAUCCUUCAUCUGCUGCUCGACAUCGCCGUCGAGAUCCCUGCAUACCUGGCGCAGAUUGACGAGUUUUCCGAGGCGCUCAAGACCAACGCUCUGGCUCCCUCCGAUCUGGUCGCCGCCCAGACGGCCAUCUGGGAAAAAGCCAGCGAGCUCGACGGCCGACUGCACCAGUGGAAGGCUUUACAUGCGGAUACUUAUCCUGGCGGGUCUGCGUGGGAAGUGCCGGUUCCAAGUUCGAGGCAGCAGCAGCAGCAGCAGCAGCAGCAGCAAGAUCAAACGACUCCCCGCGACGACGACAACUUCCCCAUCUUCCAAUGCCGAAACCUCUCGACCAUGCAGAUCGUCACCCCCCCGCUCCACUAUUACCCCGACAUCCUGCUCUCGCAGAGCAUGUGUUUCUACUGGGCGGUGCGGCUGGUGCUCUCGGCCGCCGACUCGGGCGUGGUGAGCGUCAGCUCGGCGCACGAACGAUACGUCUACGCCUGUCACAUCUGCCGGAGCAUGAAAUACUACGUUCUGGCCGCGCCGGGCUGUCUCGCCUCGCGCAUGAUGUUCAUCCUCCGCGUCGCGUUCGACACCUUUGCCGACGGGAUGAUGGAGAAGCGCUUCAUCGAGACCCUCUUUGCUUUUAUCGGCCACAAGCUGCGUCUCACAGUCUUUACCAACCAGUGUUCCGAGUCGGCUGUCAAGGUCGUCCGCGUCAAUGUUUAAGUAACGAAAUCACGAGUAUAACGAGUAUGAGUAGCUAUGAGUAUGAAUGAGUAUGACUAGCUAUGAUCAAUGAUUACCUGAGC